UGGAUUUUGGGAUCUUUGGUUUUGAUUGUAUUUCAAGAUGGUGGUGAUUCUAAAAGUAUUGUAAAUAAGUGUAUUUUAAGUAUUGUUGUUGUAUAAUAUUUCUGUCGUACACGUAUGACAGACUACGAGGAAGAGCGAUGCAAUGAAUUGGAGGCAUUGGAAGCAAUUUAUGCAACAGAGUUUAGAUUUAUUGAAGAACCGCAAUGUUUUGAGAUAACAGUUGCUUCUGAACAUCAUGAAGAUGAUGAUAUAAAAUUCUCAGUGAAUGUUCAGUUUACUUAUGUGGAAAACUACCCAGAUGAGGGUCCAAUUAUUGAGCUAAACGCUCUUGAAGGACUGUCUGAUAGCAACAUUGAUUCUCUACAAGAAUUUCUGAAGGAAAAGGUGGAAGAAAAUCUAGGAAUGGUGAUGGUCUUUACUUUGAUAUCAGAAACUCAGGACUACCUCAACCAGGCUGUAGAAGAUGAGAAAAAAUCUCGAGAGGAUGAAAAACAACGCAAAAUAAAAGAAGCCGAAAAGGCGGAACUGGCUAAAAUAACUGGCACACCAUUGACAUAUGAAAAUUUCAUGGCAUGGAGACUUAAGUUUGAUGAAGAGAGAACUGGUCUGAAUUUGAAAACUGAAACGAAAAGUAAACUUACAGGCAGGAAGCUUUUUGAACAGAACACAUUGAUGGGAACCUUAGAUGAGGCUUUCAUGGGAGAUGACAUACAGGUGGAUGAAUCACUCUUUCAGGAUCUUGAUGAUCUUGAUUUGGAUGAGGAACUUGAUGAAGAUUGAAUAAAUUAAGAUAUGU